UUGUCAGACUGUCAAGUGUAAACACAAGAAAAUUGAAUUGUAAAAUAAGUUAAAUAAAGCAUUUUUAAGCAUGGAAAAGCUAAUUUAUUCAGAUAAUUGCUUUAUAUGCAAUGAACUUAUGGGAUAUUUUAAAUCGGAACUAACAGUGGUGACGAGUUACUCAGAGAAGCCAAUUUUUAAACUAAUUGAACAAUUUGCUGAAAUAGAAUUAGGUGAAGAACUUAUCUAUGGAACUGGAAUUUGUCAGAAUUGCCUGGUUAAGUUUAAUGAAUACGAUGAAUUCAUCUCAAAAGCUGAAAAGAUCCAGUUGGACAUAAUUGGACUAAUAGAGAACAAAGUUAUGCUUUUAGAGAUGUCAGAUAAUGAGGAAAAGCAAAUAAAACAAGAGAGCAUUGAGGAUGACCCAAUAGAAUAUGAACCAGACGAUGAAAUUUAUUACGAAUCUGAGGAUAUAGAAGGAGCAAUUGUUUCGAAUCAGGAAGAAUAUGAAGAAGAAAUCAUUGAUCCAUCUGACUAUAAUGGACAAGAAGAUUAUCAACUGGAAGUUGUUGUUGAUGAUAGUUCCAUUCGAUACAAGCCAAUUAAGUCCGAAUAUAUCUAUUCGCCGACUAAAAGCAUCAAAAUUGAAGAAAGUGGAUAUAAAAUGAUAAGUCUUGACAACAAUCAGCGAGCAUUUCAAUGUGACAUAUGUGACAAAAUAUUCAAAGACAAGACAAAGUUAAAGCUGCAUCGAGAAAUUCAUACAGAUCAGCGAAAUGUUAUUUGUCAGCAGUGCGGGAAAGGAUUCAAGACAAUGAACUGCUUAAGGAAUCACAAACGGACUCAUCUUGCCGAGAGAAUAUUGUAUGGAUGUGAUCAAUGCGAGAAGAAAUAUACGCAAAAAGUGCAGCUCAAGAAGCACAUAGAAAUUGUGCAUAUGAAUAGGAGAGACUUUAAUUGCACAAUUUGUGGAGCUUCAUUUGGCACUAAGAGUGUCCUUAAAAUGCACAUGCUAUCUCAUAGUGAUGUCAGAAGUGAAGAAUGUGGAAUCUGCGGUUUCCGAGUACACACAAAAGCCAAACUCAGAAGACACAUGAAAUCUCACACAGGAAUCCGAGACUACGAAUGUGGAAUAUGCGGAAAGAAGUUCCUGUACAGCUACAAUGUCAUCGCACAUGUUCGAAAUGUCCAUGAAAAGAAACGAGCAUUCCAGCAUGAAGAAAUUGAAGAAGAUUUUGAUUAUAAUAAAUAUGAAGUUAAGGAAGAGUACGAGAGCAUCAAUGAGGAUGUAAAGGAACUUAUAGAAUAGAAUUAUUGAUGCUGUAAUUA